AUGCCAAUUGAUUACAACCGUUGCCUUGCUAUAGAGAAAGUACUAGUGUCACUUCAAACAGCAUGCCAAAAUGCAACAUAUGGUUGUAACGAGAUAAUAAGGUACAACAAGAAAUAUGAGCAUGAGAAGACAUGCAUCUACCUACCAUGUUCAUGUCCUCAACUAGGUUGCAACUUUGUUGCCAUGUCAAGCAACUUAUAUCUCCACUUCAACGAAAAUCAUAUGAAUGAGGAAAUAUCAUUUAAAUAUGAUGAAUUUUUCUGUGUCUUGCUAAGCCGUAAUGAGGACACCAUUGUUCUUCAAGCGCAAACUGAUGGCAAACUAUUUGUUCUAAAAAAUAAGGUAUUUGAGAAUCUGGGUAAUGCAGUGACUAUUUGUCACAUUGGACCUAAUUCACUAUACCCGGUUUCUCAUUAUGAAAUUAAAACAAAGUCUGAGGUGGAAAACAAAUUUCUACACUACCGUUCUUCUGCCAAAAACAUUCAAGGCCGCACAUUUGUCAUAUCUUCAUCAACAAAGUUUCUUUUGAUUCCAUUGGAAUUUUUCAAUUCUAAUGGAACACUCACACUGGAAAUUCGCAUAAGUUUAUCUCACUUGAAGUUGAAGGCAGUCCAUUUGUGUUAG